AUGUCUCCCGAUCCAACCCUACACCCCAAACCAAUCACCCCCGGCAAACCCUUCUCUGCCCUGCUCGCCGCCUGCUACCCAGAGACAAGUCGAGAACAACCACUCGCCGAAAAGCUCUUGCGAAAGCCGCCAGGGCAGCAGCGAAGAAGACAAACACGAACACACCGGGGGGGGGGGGGAUUCUCAACCUGUUCCUCUGGAGCAGAAAGCCAAGUCCGCGAGUUCCUGGCUCUGGAUCGGUACAGGAAACAUGGCAUCUUCCGUCCUGCGCUCAUGGGCAUGGUCAAGGCGAACCAGGACAGUGUGGUUCGAAAGACAACGGGGGCUGCUGCUGCUGCAGGUGCAGGUGCAUUCUGGUUGGAUUGUUCUUCUGAAACAUCCACACCCACAUCAACCCAAAACCAAACAAGAAAAACACCCAUAGAAACACUCAUCCCCCCCCCCCCCCCCCCCCCUUCGCGGCGUCGGCCCCGCAACCGCCUCGCUAAUCCUAUCCGUUCUCUCGCCUGCAAUCCCGUUUUACAGCGACGACACCUAUCUGUGGCUUUGUCUGGAGAGGUAUCCGGGCCAAAGAAAAAGAAAGGAGGAAAAGGGAGCAGCGUUCUCAAGGCGAAUGGAGCGCUCAACGUCAAGUCUAGCCUUUCGGAGGAUCGGGGUGGAGAAGAUACAUCUGGAAAGCGAAAACUUGAGGAUGAGAGCGAGGAUCGGAUGAAGAAGAGAAGGGGACGGGCUUGA